ACUGUAUCAUGUCGACUGGCGAUGUGCGCCAUCUUGAAAAGAAAUAAAAUCACGGGCAAUUCUGGUUGCUCUGAUUCUCUAGACUAAUCACUUUUCUUCUGUAUCAGUAACCCUGUAAUCCUCACGAAAUUACUAUAAUAAGGUUCGGAAUAACCCCCAUUGACGCCAGUUUUGCUGCAGAACGAAGCAAUGGCAGGUGUCGGAGGAGGGAACGAUUUCCAGUGGUGUUUCUCUCAAGUGAAAGGAGCGAUAGACGAGGAUGUGGCGGAAGCGGACAUUAUCUCAACAGUUGAAUUCAACUACUCGGGUGACCUAUUAGCCACAGGAGACAAAGGGGGAAGAGUUGUCAUAUUUCAGCGGGAACAGGAGAGUAAAAAUCGACCACUCUCCAGAGGCGAAUACAACGUGUACAGCACUUUCCAGAGUCAUGAGCCAGAAUUUGACUAUUUGAAAAGCUUAGAAAUUGAGGAGAAAAUCAACAAAAUCAGAUGGCUGCCCCAACAGAAUGCUGCUCACUUUCUGCUUUCUACAAAUGAUAAAACCAUAAAGUUAUGGAAAAUCAGUGAAAGGGACAAAAGAGCAGAGGGGUACAACCUUAAAGAUGAAGAUGGGAGGCUGCGAGAUCCUUUUAGAAUCACAUCACUACGGGUGCCAGUCUUGAUGCCCAUGGACCUCAUGGUGGAGGCGAGCCCGCGGAGAAUAUUUGCGAACGCACACACAUAUCACAUCAAUUCCAUUUCAGUAAAUAGCGAUCAUGAAACGUACCUUUCUGCAGAUGACCUAAGAAUAAAUCUAUGGCACUUAGAAAUCACAGAUAGAAGUUUUAACAUUGUAGAUAUAAAGCCUGCCAACAUGGAGGAGUUGACGGAGGUCAUCACUGCAGCCGAGUGCCACCCUCACCAGUGCAAUGUAUUUGUGUACAGUAGUAGCAAGGGCACGAUCCGCCUGUGCGACAUGCGUGCGUCUGCCCUCUGUGAUAGACAUAGCAAAUUUUUUGAGGAGCCAGAGGACCCAAGCAGCAGGUCUUUCUUCUCGGAAAUCAUCUCCUCAAUAUCAGAUGUGAAGUUCAGUCACAGUGGACGCUACAUGAUGACCCGAGACUAUCUCUCAGUAAAAGUUUGGGACCUCAACAUGGAGAACAGGCCAGUGGAGACGUACCAGGUUCACGAAUACCUCCGAAGCAAGCUGUGCUCGCUGUAUGAGAAUGACUGCAUCUUUGACAAGUUUGAGUGCUGCUGGAAUGGUUCUGACAGUGCCAUCAUGACCGGCUCCUAUAACAACUUCUUCAGGAUGUUCGACAGGAACACCCGGAGAGACAUCACGCUGGAGGCGUCCCGGGAGAACAGUAAACCACGUGCCAUUCUGAAGCCCCGGAAGGUGUGCACCGGCGGCAAGAGGAAGAAGGACGAGAUCAGUGUGGACAGCCUGGACUUCAAUAAGAAGAUCCUGCACACCGCUUGGCACCCCAAGGAGAACGUCAUCGCUGUGGCCGCCACCAACAACCUGUAUAUAUUCCAGGACAAAAUCAACUAAAAUAAGAGUGGAAUAAAAAAUAUGAAAGAAAAUUAAAACAGAAAAGAAAAUAUCGCCCUACCAUCCCCUUCCAAAUACGCCCCGCCCCCCGGCGCUGACCUGAGGACACAAAUCUUGUACUUUGCAUAGUUAAGCCUAGUCGUUAAAUCUGUAAACGAAACAAUGGCCUUUGUUGUCCUCCUAAUGAAGAAUUUGAUGCACUUGUUUUCAUGUGUAGCCGAGGGAGUUAAAAAAGACCGCCUGUUUCUUUCUUUCUUACCUUCUUUCCUUCUUAUUUUUUAUCUUUCUUUUCUUCUUUCCUUUCUCUCUCUGGGGGUCCCAAAAUCCAGAACCUUCUCCCACCUUCCUCUCAACCCCACUCUACUCUGGUCUCAUUGAUCUCAAGAAGACAGCCCCACUCCACCCCAAAACGGGUUGAAGCCCAUUUCACGGAGAGCACUCAAGAAGAGGCAGAAAACUGUCCCAAAGUUAAAUCUAUUUAUUUGAGUUUGAGCCUACUUUUUUUAAAUAUUAAAAAACAAUCGGCCAACAGAAAUUUUGGAAUUGCCCCCUUCCCCCUCAAGUUAUGUGUAGUCUCUCCUCUGUAUGCCUGGGCCUCUCUGAAAUGACAUUUGUUUGUUAAUGCCUAUUAACAUUCCUCCUCUGGUCCACCGCUCAGGCCUUGGUGUUGACUUUUGAAGCACUUAACAGGUCUCCAUUAUGGUCAGUGGACAGUUGAUGUUGUGAUCCUUUUUUGUCUGAUUUUUUUUUUGUUUUGUUUGUUUUUUGUUUUGUUUUCCUGUUUGUUUUUAUUAUUUUUUUUGUUUCAUGUUUUACUCUCUUCUCCAUUUCUCAUGCAUAGUAACAUUUACUCACUGACUGUAUCUAAAUAACUACACCGUCUGGUGUCAACCACUUAAUAAAAGUAACAAAAAUUAUGAUGACGCGUUUUUACAUUCUGAA